GGCGCGGCAGAGGAGGCCGCGGCCUGGGCAGGGGCCGGGGGAGCUGGCGUGGCGGGAAAUGGCGGCUGGGCCAGGCUGAGGUGAGACAAGCCCGCGCCAUGAGGCUGCUGCGCGCCCUGCUGCGCGGCGCCUCCUCGGGCAGCAUACCGCAGCAGGUGGACUUCUACUCACGCUUCUCCCCAUCGCCGCUCUCCAUGAAGCAGUUCCUUGACUUCGGAUCUGAAAAUGCUUGUGAAAAGACUUCAUUUAUGUUUCUGCGACAAGAGUUGCCUGUGAGACUGGCAAACAUAAUGAAGGAAAUAAGCCUGCUUCCAGACAACCUCCUGAGAACACCUUCAGUUCAACUGGUACAGAGCUGGUAUGUCCAAAGUCUUCAGGAGAUCCUUGACUUUAAGGACAAAAGCUCAGAAGAUUCGGAGGCUAUUCAUAGUUUUACAGAUACAGUGAUAAAAAUCCGGAAUCGGCACAAUGAUGUAAUUCCUACGAUGGCUCAAGGAGCGAUAGAGUACAAGGAAAGCUUUGGCAUCGAUCCAGUGACCUCACAGAAUGUGCAGUAUUUUUUAGACCGUUUCUACAUGAGUCGCAUUUCAAUUAGAAUGCUCCUUAAUCAACACUCGUUACUGUUUGGUGGGAAAAAUAAUCCAGCUCAUCCAAAACACAUUGGAAGCAUUGAUCCUAGCUGCAAUGUUGUUGAAGUUAUUAGAGAUGGCUAUGAAAGUGCCAAAAUACUUUGUGAUUUAUAUUACAUGAGCUCUCCAGAACUCAUCCUUGAAGAGUUGAAUGUCAAAUCACCAGGACAGCCCAUGCAAGUGGUGUAUGUGCCAUCACAUCUCUAUCACAUGGUUUUUGAACUUUUCAAGAAUGCAAUGAGAGCCACCAUGGAACAUCAUGCUGAUCGAUGUAUUUAUCCUCCAAUUCACGUACACGUCACGUUGGGAAAUGAGGAUUUAACUGUGAAGAUGAGUGAUCGUGGUGGAGGUGUACCUAUGAGGAAAAUUGACAGACUAUUCAACUACAUGUAUUCAACAGCACCACGUCCACGUGUUGAGACAUCUCGAGCUACACCUUUGGCUGGAUUUGGUUAUGGCUUACCCAUAUCCCGUCUGUAUGCACAGUACUUCCAAGGAGACCUGAAACUGUAUUCCUUAGAAGGCUACGGUACAGAUGCAGUUAUUUACAUAAAGGCCUUAUCAACAGACUCAAUUGAAAGACUCCCUGUAUAUAACAAAGCAGCCUGGAAACACUAUAAAGCAAACCAUGAAGCAGACGAUUGGUGCGUGCCAAGCAGUGAGCCAAAGGACAUGACCACUUUUCGCAGUAUAUAGGUUUUUCCUCAACAGUUUGUAAGAAGUAGUUAUGUCUGUAGAGGGAAUUAAAAAGACCUGGUUUACACACCAAGAUGCUGAACCACACCUGAUAGGUGGAAGUAAUUUUAAGUGGAGUAACAGAAGGUUUAAUGUAAUUACUCUCUUCUGGAAUAAAAAAACCCCUAACAAACCAAAACCCAAGACAACCCCCAAACCUGUACAUACGUUUAAAUUUUAAGUGAGAAGGUCACAGUUAAUUUGUUCCAUUUUGUAUUUUGUAGAUAAGCUAAGGGAGCAGUAAUUUUGGGUUUUAUAGGGAUCAAUGCAGUUUAUGCAGCAUCUGGUGAGAAAUGUAUUAAUUCAUAUAAUUACAAAAUGUUUUUAAUAGAACUAUUGAAAAAUCUCACCAGAGCAUUUUUCCAUUAUACAGUAUUAUAGGUUAAUGGAAAAACUCAUGUCAGAAAUACUGAGGAGCUCAUUGCUAUACAUUUGCACCUGUAUAUCACUCUCCUAUUCUUUAAGCAUGCUGAAGCCUGAUUUUGCAAAGUUAGUUAUGUUGCUUGCACACCUUGCCCACAUUGAGACUUUUGCAGCUGUAGAAAUCACACUUAGGUCUGUGUAAAGAAAAUAAAUCAGUUCUAGCUGCUACUGCUGGUAUGAUGUAUCUCAGGUAUGGGGUAUUGGUCAUAUUUCUUUGGUUGUAAUGUGAAUAUUUAAUACAUGCGCAAAACCUACUUUGUAAUGAUCCUUGUGAAUUAGCAAAUGGUGAUAACUUGUGUAAAGAUAUGCUGUCUUGCUUCUGUUUAUGCUUCUGUAUGUAUCAAAAUGCAGUAUCAGUGUUCUGGCCCUAGUAAGAUCUCAGAUUUGGGUAUGUCAGGUUACAGCUGUAAAUGGAAACUAUUUUAAUAAACAGGUUUUUAAAAUUUGCCCUUAAUAGGGCAUCUCUAUUGCUUUGACAAUAGAAAUUACCUUCUCAGGUGUAUUUAAGAAAAAGUGGAGUUAACAGUUUUCAAAAAUACCUUUGUAUCUGUGAUGUGCUUCUGGCUUCAUUUAUGUAGUAACUGGAAGUCACACUAUAACAUCAAUAAGGUAAGCAGAAUGUGUUUAUGUCAAAGGCAAACCAUCAAAACACACUGCAGAGGAUAGAGGGGGGAAGGAGUAUUACAUUUCAGAUACAAAGUCUUUAUUUUAAUAAAGGAUUCAACUUCUUUCAAUGCCUGUUGUGCCAGCUUUGUUCAAAUGGUACACAUGUAUGUUGCAUCUUGAUCCCUGUCAUUCCUGAACAUUUGAGGACUGCUGCAGUUAAAGACACUGAGAACUAAUUAUUUUCUCAGUUAAUACAUUGCAUGUAAUUCUGUGAUUUUUGUUCUGCAGCAGACAUGCAUAAUCCCUCUAAGAAACAGUAAGCCUAAAUUUUGCUAGUUUCGUAUCUGCACAGAGCAGAAGGUGAGGUACCACAAGUGAAGGGAAUAGCUGGUAUGUCAGAAAUUAAAGUCAUGCUAUUCUAGGUGUAGCUGAGCCAGAUUGAAGAUUAUCACCUGCCACCUCCCUAGCCUACUUCUACCAGACAAUAAAAAUGGUGUUACACCCUGGACAAGGUAAUGUAGGUCACUUUAACAGGAGUGAUUUACAGAAUGGGCUGUAUACACAGUUAAAUUAACACUGAGGGAGGAUUAAUUGCCACCAGAACAGUUAAAAAGUUACCCGCUCCACUCAAGCCUGUGCAUACUUUGAGAGGUCUCUAUUUUAAUUCUUUACAAGGAUGUGAGGUGGUGACUAGCAUGCCUUUUCCAUGUGCAUGGCUACAUGGACGUGAGAUGGAUGGAUGCAAGAAAUUCCUCAUAUUGUAAAAUGGAACCUGUACAAAAGAGGGAACACUUGCAGCUACUGCUUUUGCUGAAGUAAAGCUGAAAGUUACAGCAAGGGAUUUUUAAACCUUCACUCUGAAGCUGAACAUUCUAGCACUUCCACUAAUUUUUUAAUGUAUUAACUAACUUAAUUGACUUCUAUAAUAUCUGAGAACUAAAGCAUUUCAGAAGAAAAGCAAAUAGUUUACUUUCUAGAAAGUCUACUGAAGUAUUUCAGAUGGUAUUAUCAAAAUUAAACCUCUUUUGUACUCUCAACUAGCUACCAGUUCUGAUUAUUAGAACUUGCUGUGUAAUUAUGUUUGUAUCCUUCUCACCCAUCACCCCAAUGACUCUGGUGAAAACAAAUGUAUACUAGUUUAGUUUACAAUGUUCAACCCUACUUAUAAGUUUGAUCUUUGAUUACUGUUGAUUUAAAUAAAUUUUCAUAAGAA